GACGGAUAUGUCUAUCGAUCGCACUCGUACUCCCGCUGUGCAGACCUCCUCACCCUACGGAGCACGAGGGAUGCCAAACUUGGAGUUUGUUAUCGCGAGGUGCCGCCUCAUCCGCCGAACUACGAAUUUCCUUCGGUGAAAGGCAUCGAGUCUAUCUCCCGAUUCCCGCAAUUCCGGUCAUUGGUGAUGGAUCAAGUCUCGACCACCUACCACGGGUACUGGAUUUAUUUGGAAAUCGCUAGCAUAAUACAGGUGCCGUUGAAGCGAGUUCCUGCACUUCACGGUCACCCCACUGCUCCGCUACUGAAAAAGCUAAAUCUCACAAACAAAAGUAAGCGAUAAUGUAAGCCGCUUGUUCCGUGGCGGACCUUCCGCAAAAUGUCUUGGAACCCCGCACUCCCUUGCUUUGAGCACGCCCGCCCUAAUUUCCUGUGAUAGGGAUUGCUGCCCAAUAUUACCACAAUAGCUGGGGCUCACUGGUCUUUUUUUUCUAUCGCCCC